AUGACAUCUACAGUAACUAGUAGUACAACAACUGAUGAAUCAUUUACCAACGUACUUGUAUCCGCUAUACCUAAAUCAUUUCGUUCAGCUGAUUUAAGAAAUUUUUUUUCAUUAUUUGUGGAAACACAAGCCUUUCGAUGUUUUCAUUUUCGUCAUCGGCCUAUGCCGACAUCAUCAGAAAAUACUGUUAGUGCAGCGCAAAUGUGUUUUAUACAAGUUUAUAAUAAGCGUUUAAAUGAAUUUAUACGUCUUUAUCAUCGAAAACAUUGGAUAAAUGUCAAAGGCAAUUAUUUAUCAUCGAUUUGUCUUAUUAGUAAAGUUACAAAUGAAGAUAAUGAUUCAACCAUAACUAAUCAACUAGUUGAAUUCAAACCUCCGAAAUAUCUUUAUCCGCAAGGUAAUGUUGGAACAUCAACAUUAUAUUUUCUCAAUGAAAUAAAUGCAUGCCGAUUACCUUCGACAAUUAUUAAAAAAUUAGGACUAGUUUUUCCUAAAUGUCGAUCUAAACGAAAAUAUGGCUCUGUUGGGUUUGAUUAUGGUACGAUUAUUGAUGAAUUUGAAGAAGAAGAAGAAGAAGAAGAAGAAGGUGUCGAUGAAAUGGAAUUAAAAACGGGCCAAGGCCAUGAAAUUCUCUCUGAACAAGAUAAAACAGCAAUUGAUAAACUUAAUCAAGAAAGAGAGAAGAAGGAACGUGGCAAAGAUGAAAUGUUAACAUCAGAAGAAGAUAAAAAACUUGAUGAAGAAGAAGAUGAACUUGAAGAAUGGGACCGACACGAAGCACAAUAUGAUGAUGUAACAAAACAAGAUCGAACAUCACCCUAUUUUUUUGAACAUAAAAUUGAAUUAAAAUGGGAAAAAGGCGGAAGCGGUUUAGUAUUCUAUACAGAUGAUGUUUUCUGGAAAGAACAUGAAGGUCAAGAUUUCGAAAGUUUGGAUAUGGCUGAUGAUAUAGAUAUUGAUAUGCGCAUGUAUUAUGAAAGUGCAGGAUCUUCUGAUCGCACUGGAAAUGAAUUGCAAAAUAUACGACGAGAAGAAGAUCUUCGUCAAGGUCGUGUAUCGAAUGAAACCGAUCCAGAACAUAAGCGAGUUGGAGCAUUUGAAAGACAUACGAAAGGUAUUGGCCGACGUUUAUUAGAAGCUGCUGGAUGGCAUGAUGGUGAAGGUCUUGGUUCAUCAGUCGUAGGUAUGACUGAAGCACUUACAACUGACGGUGCAAAAUUAUCAAAAAAAGAUAAAACCGGUUUAGGAUAUACAGGUGAAAAAAUCAACCGAAAUCCUAACAAACGCAUUGCCGCAGGCCAACAACAACAAAACGAUGACAUACGCAUUACUACUGUUUAUGAUAAUCCAGCAGAAACUGAUCCAGCUGAAUCACAUAAUCGUCGUUGGGAAUCAACGAGAAAUAAGAAUCGAUCACGAAAAAUAAAAAAUGCUUUUGUAAAGCCAUAA